AUGAUUGACAAUGAUGAUUUUUCUAUAAUCUCUCAAGCUGUUGUUGUAACUAAUAUGAUGAAUAUAGACAAUGAACUUGAGUUACAUGAAAAUUUGGAAGAUGGAAUUGGAGAUGAAAAUGAUGAAGAAGCACCUUUUGACAACAACGUUCAAGUACCUUCAACUUUUACUAAUAUGGAAGAAACAAAUUUGAAUAUUGAUGACAAUUGGAUUGUGUCGCAAUCAACGAGCAAUAAUGAUUUUACGCGAGAGUUGGGAAAAUAUUCUUUCAAGGAUAAAGAGGAAUUUGUUAGAGCAAUCAAGAUCCAUUGCAUUAGGACACAUAUACAAUUUGAGGUCAUUGACUCACGCCCAACUAUUUGGACUCUAAGAUGCAAGUUAUACUUAUAG